CAAACCAGCUUAAGCCAAAAUUACAACAACAUGCCAAGUGACAAUCUCAUCGGCGGUGCCGAGCCGGCGGUCCCCACCGCCGCCGUCGACCCAAACAGUGGCUUCUGCCAAUCCAACGCCGUCUUCUACAGCCGGCGCGGCCCCUCCCCACUCCCUCCGGCGGACUUCCUCGACGUCGCCACAUUCAUCGCCGCCCACGCCCACGACAGCGGAAGGACAGCCCUCAUCGACGCCGCCACAGGGACCCACCUAACUUACCACCAGCUCUGGCGCGCCGUCGGCUCCGUCUCCGCUCGGCUCUCCGAGCUGGGACUCCGGAAGGGACACGUGGUCCUCCUCCUCUCCCCGAACUCCAUCUUCUUCCCCGUCGUCGCCCUCUCCGUCAUCUCCGUCGGCGCCGUCAUAACGACCGUCAACCCCGUCAACACCCCGGGCGAAAUCGCCAAGCAGAUCGCCGAUUCCAAGCCCUCCCUCGCCUUCACCACCCACCACCUCCUCGGGAAACUCGCCGACGCCUUCGCUAACGUAUCCGUCAGCUCCCCCGUCGACGUCGUCCUCAUGGACGACUGCAGCCGCCGUUACCGUUACCCGUCCAACACGAAAAUAGUCACCACGUUGACCAAAAUGAUCACGUGCCCGGCUGGCAGCAGCAGCAGUAGGGAUCGGGUGAGCCAAAACGACGUCGCGACGGUGCUGUACUCCUCGGGGACCACGGGCGCCAGCAAGGGCGUUCUGUCGUCCCACCGAAGCCUCAUCGCCGUUGUGCAGAACGUGGUGAGACGGCACCGUAUUGCCGUCGCUGAGCGCGGCGUGGCGGAUGGCGGGAAGGUUUCUCCCGCCAAAUUCCUGUGCACGAUCCCGAUGUUCCACAUCUACGGCCUCACGAUGUUCUCCAUGGGCCUGCUCGCGGCCGGGGCCACCGUCGUGGUGCUUUCGAGCUUCUCGAUGGACGAUAUGUUAUCGUCCAUCGAGAGGUUCGGCGUGACUGACUUGCCCUUGGUCCCUCCUAUCCUUGUAUCUAUGGUUAAGGUGUUCUAUCUAUUAAAAAAUUUGUGCUUAGUUAAAAAAAAAAUUUACCUUAUUAAUUAGGUGACUAGACCUUGUUACGUGACACAUAUAAAUUUUGAUAAAAAAUGGUAAUUUCUAUUUCUUGUUUUGUGUUUCAAAUAUUCAUUUAUAUUCUUAUGCUCUAGAAGAAAUAGACGUAAUUUCAAAUCAUAGCUUCGCUUAUUAGAUGUAAACUCAGUCUAUUUGCUAAACAUUUUGUCAGGACGCGGAUCGAAUCAAUAUGAAGUACGAAUUGGGGACGUUGGAGCGCGUGCUGUGCGGCGCGUCGCCUUUGAGCAAGGAGGUGGCGGCGGGGUUUGCGGCGACGUACCCUGGGGUGAGGGUGAGCCAGGCGUACGGGCUGACGGAGUCGCCGUGGGCGGCGUCGAUGGACACGGCGGAGGAGGUGGAGCGGCGGCCGGGGUCGGUGGGGAAGUUGCUGCCGAACAUGGAGGCGAGGAUUGUGGCGCCGGAGAGCGGGGAGGGAUUGGGAGUCAGAAGGACCGGGGAGCUUUGGCUUAAGGGGCCAUAUGUCAUGAAAGGCCUUCGCUUUAUUCACGAUGUGUAUCUUUCAUGCGUUGUUGAGUUCAAACCACCACGGGGAAACGUAAAAGGUGAGCGAGCCAUAGAUAUUAUGGUUCCAAUUUUAUUGGAUGUAUUUGAAGGACGAGUUAUAGAUAGUAUGGAUAUGUGAUAUUCCACUUUAAUAUAAAAAUGUUCUUUGCAUGGCAACAAUAAUUAGCUAGGGGAUCGGAUGAUAAGCAAGUAUGUCGAUGGAUGACAAAUAUUUGAAGUACAUAAGCAUGAUCGAUUUUAUUGACACUGUAGGUUACCUUAACAAUCGAGAAGCAACUGUAUCAACUCUUGAUGCAAAAGGAUGGUUGAAGACGGGAGAUAUUUGCUACAUCGAUGACCAAGGUUUCCUUUUCGUGGUUGACCGGUUGAAAGAACUCAUCAAAUAUAAAGGAUAUCAGGUCGCGCCGGCAGAAUUAGAGGCAGUGCUACUUACACAUCCACAAAUAGAUGACGCUGCUGUAAUUCCAGUUCCGCACAAGGAAGUAGGGCAGUACCCAAUGGCAUAUGUGGUCAGAAAAGCCGACAGUAACUUAUCAAGGACUGACAUAAUGGCCUUUGUCGCAAAAGAGGUUGCUCCUUACAAGAAGGUAAGAGAAGUGGAGUUCAUAUCAGCAAUACCCAAAAAUCCAUCCGGCAAGAUCCUCAGGAGGAAUCUCAUCAAGCUCUCAACCGACACCCGCAACGCCCCCUCCUCCAAGCUCUGAUGAAUUGCGAUUAUGCGUACAAUUAUAUAUACGUGUGUUGUUGUGAAUGAAUUAUAUAUAAAUUUUUUUUAUUUCCAUUUUUAUUUGGACUCUUGCCGUCAUUAUUCGUGCGUAUAGAUUAGUAAGAUAAGCAAUAUAAGACGUUUGUGUGAUAAAUGCCCAUGCUACGUAUGUUCGGAAUGUAAUGUAAUAAUAAUGGUUUGCCUCCAAUUCUUCCAACAUGCAUAUGUGUCUAUCAUAACAACGCGAGUGCUUGGACGAGUUCUGUGAGAGCUCU